CAAGGACAAGGUGGGUACAUAUCUAAAUGGUUUACAUUCACAAUAAGCCGCGUUCCGCACAGCGAAAACACUUUGUCAGAGGAGACGGACAACAACAAAGCAUCGGCCGGCAUAACAAACAAACUUAUGUUUGUACACAAUGCACAUAUGGGCAUUGUGUUGCAUGCCGGCCAACUCUGCCGUCCCCCCCCCCUGGUCGUCAUAAAUGGAUGGAAUCACCCGCAAGUGUAAUGGAAGUGCCGUCGUCAGAGUGGAUUUUGCUGUUGCUGCUGCUGCUGCUGCUGCUGAUGAUGGAUUCUGGCUGCUGUAGAUGGCUGAUUCUGCUGGCUGCUGGUUUUCUGCUGGGGCUGCGUCGUCGAGAUAUGGCUGACCACGCCAUCAACCAAUACACUCUCCAUGGACCAGAGGAGUGUAUUGAAUUGGAGAGGAUGAUGGCGUGUGGAUUUGCAGUGGGCGUGGCAUGUUUGCGCGCCCAUUGUCAAGCACACGACAGUCAACAAGCGGCUGCUGGUCCGGCCGCCUGUAAAUAAGUGCGUGUUUUUGUAGUU